UGUGAAUUGUGAUACGACUGUUAUCACCAUGGCUGUAGAUAGGAUGUGGAUCUACAACCGUGGUUAUAACCACAACCUUACCAUAUGUGAAUUGAUACUGUGAUUUUUUUUUUAUAAUAUGUAACUGAUAAGAUGGCCUUCAAAUCAGACAGAUUAACUUUUAAUAAUCUUGUAUUCUGGAUUCUGACGGCUAGAGAACGUCCGUGAUAUAUUUUAUCAGAAUUGAAUAUUAUAGUUCAAUUUUUAAGUCUCGGUGAUAUUUAGCAAUUAGCUAGUCUUUCAAACUUCAGGAUUAAAUUAUAUUUUAACAGUUGUAAGCACACAUUGAAAUGACAUCAUUAGUUCACAAGUUAGGAUCUCAUUGGAAAGCGAAUUAUAUUAUUUUGCAGUGCUCGAGAAAAAAAACAUCAAUCAGAGAUAAAUUUCGUGAAACGCUCCAAAGUGGGCCAGAUUUAGUAGAUUUUAUCAACGAAACUCCUGAAACAACAAAAUCAUAUAAUGGCAAACUUCGUCGAGCCAAAGGCGAAGAAGAAAGAUUGCGUUUGCCACCUUGGCUUAAAACAAAAAUACCAGUUGGAGAAAACUUUUCAAAAAUCAAAGAACAAUUGAGAGAAUUGAAUUUGCAUACUGUAUGUGAAGAAGCUCGAUGUCCUAAUAUUGGUGAAUGUUGGGGUGGAGGGGAACAUGGUACUGCUACUGCCACUAUCAUGUUAUUAGGUGAUACUUGCACUAGAGGAUGUAGAUUUUGUUCUAUAAAAACUUCCCGAGCUCCACCUUUGCCAGAUCCCCAAGAACCUGUUAAUACAGCUAAAGCUAUUGCAUCCUGGGGUCUAGAUUAUAUAGUACUAACAUCAGUAGAUCGUGAUGAUUUAGAAGAUGGUGGCUCUGCUCAUUUUGCAGAAACUGUUGUUGAAAUAAAAAAUCGUAAUCCAAAUAUAAUGAUAGAGUGCUUAGUACCAGAUUUUCAAGGAUCAGCAGACCAUGUUAAAAUAAUUGUCGAAUCUGGCUUGGAUGUUUUUGCUCACAACGUUGAAACUGUGGAAAAAUUAACACCCUUUGUGCGAGAUCGUAGGGCAAAUUAUAGACAGUCAAUGUUGGUGUUGAAAACAGCAAAAGAAUUCAAUAUAAAUCUUUUAACAAAAUCAUCAAUCAUGUUAGGGCUUGGUGAAACUGAUGAACAAAUUUUACAAACAUUAAAAGAUUUAAAAGAUUCAUUAGUCGACUGCGUUACACUUGGUCAGUACAUGCAGCCAACAAAACGACAUCUUAAAGUUGUUGAGUAUGUUACUCCAGAAAAGUUUAAAUAUUGGCAAGAUAUUGGAACUCAAAUGGGUUUCAUGUAUACUGCUAGUGGCCCUCUAGUCAGAAGUUCAUAUAAAGCCGGAGAAUUCUUUAUUGGAAAUGUAUUGAAAAAACGGAAAUUAGUAAAGGAAACCAAAACCUUAGUUACCUAAUUAUUAUAACUUGACAGUUAUAAUUGUUAUUGUUAUGUUUGGCUAUGAUUUAUUUUGUUGGCAUAUUUUGUGAUAAUAAAUUAAUUACAUAAUGUGUAAAAAUAUACGAACUAU